GAUUCUUAUAAAUACGGCGUGAAAUCAUUCACCGGUAAUCAUUUGUGAUCGUCAAUAGUUCUAAUAAACAUUCAGUCAAAUCAAUUUUUGGAUAUAUUUUGGAAAAUAUGAGAGUUGCCAUUGUUUGCCUUUUGGCAAUUGGAGCUGCUAGUGGUGACGUAUCGCAUUAUCUCCAAGGCGGAAGUCAAGGAUAUGAUUAUCCAGUACCUGCUGUAAAAUUCCUCGAACCUGAUAACAAUUACCUUCCACCAGUACAAAUUCCACCACAAUGUCCUUCCGGAACCUUUGGUCAAUACCCAAAUUGUCAACGACCAGCUCCACCAACUUCAUCACCCCGUCCACCACCACCAUCUAUACAAUGCCCUCAAGGUACAUUUGGUCAGUAUCCACAAUGCCAACGACCAGUUCCCCCACCACCUCCACCACCACCACAACGACCACAACCUAGACCUCAGCCGCCGCCAACUCGUGAAUAUAUUCCACCUGCGCCACAAGCUAAACCACAAUGUCCAUCGGGAACUUAUGGUCAAUAUCCGAACUGUCAACGACCAAAUCCACCACGCCCACAACCUCCUCCACCUCCACCACCACAAUGUCCUGUGGGCACCUAUGGUCAAUAUCCAAACUGCCAAAAACCAGCUCCACCCCCAUUGCCGUCACCCAGACCACAGCCACCAACUCGUUCAUACAUACCUCCGGUAACACAACCUCCACCAAAAUGCCCUGUGGGUACCUAUGGUCAAUAUCCAAACUGUCAACGGCCGGCUCCACCACCACCUACGCCACCACCACCACCACCACCACCACCACAAUGCCCUCCAGGAACUUAUGGUCACUACCCGAACUGCCAAAGACCUGCUCCACCACCAACCGCACCACCACCACAAUGUCCUCAAGGAACGUAUGGUAACUAUCCGAACUGCCAGCGACCAGUACCACCACCUCCUCCACCUCCACCACAAUGUCCUCAAGGCACUUAUGGUUACUAUCCGAACUGCCAACGACCAGCUCCACCACCGCCACCACCUCCACCUCAAUGUCCUCCAGGAACGUAUGGUCAAUAUCCGAACUGCCAACGACCAGCACCACCACCGCCACCACCUCCGCCACCACCACCUCAAUGUCCUCAAGGAACAUAUGGUCACUAUCCGAACUGCCAACGACCAGCUCCACCACCACCAUCACGACCUCCACCACAAAAUGAAUAUUUGCCACCAGCUGCAGAUUUCGAUGAGCAAAACGGCUACAGUUAUCGAGUACCAAGUCAGCCGUUUAAUUUUUAAUUUUUAAAUUUAAAAACGAUAUUUUGGCAUUACAUUUUGUCAAUGUAAUGAUACAAAAUACAAAUUUCUGCAAACAAACGAUUUUCUC